AUGUCGACCUCGCUCGAUCUCGAGAAGGCGCACUCGCCGUCGGCGGGCUCGCAGGGCGGCCCCGACGACGACAAGGAGGUGGCGCCCUCGGAGGCGUUGCCGACCGACGUCGUCUCGCCUGAGCAUCUCACGCGCGCUCUCAGCGCUCGCCAAGUGUCCAUGAUCGCCAUCGGCGGAACCAUCGGCACGGGACUCUUUCUCGGCACCGGGCGCAGCCUCGUCAACGGUGGACCGGCGUCGCUCCUCAUCAACUACAGCAUCGUCGGCGCGCUCGUCUACUUGGUCAUGCUCUGCCUCGGCGAGAUGGCCACCGAGUUUCCGCUCGCCGGUUCCUUCACCACGUACGCCGCGCGCUUCGGCGACCCGGCUCUCGGCUUUACUAUCGGCUGGAACUACGCGUUCAACGACGCAGUCUCGACUGCGGGCGACCUCACCGCGGCACAGGUCCUCAUCGGCUACUGGACGCCCAAGUACAACUGGCUGCCGUCGCUCCUCUUCCUCUUCUUCGUCGUCACCGUCAACCUCGUCCACGUCCGAGCCUAUGGCGAGCUCGAGUACUGGCUCUCGCUCCUCAAGAUCGUCGCGAUCGUCAUCUUCUUCUUCCUGGGCAUUGCCGUCAACGCCGGCGGGAACGUCGACGGCGAGUACAUCGGCGCGCGGAACUGGACGGUCGGCGAGGCGCCUUUCGUCAACGGCUUUGCGGGCUUCGCCUCGCUGUUCGUCAACGCUGCGUUUGCGUACGGUGGCACCGAGAGCAUCGGCAUCACCGCCGGCGAGACGAGGAACCCGGCGCGCAACAUGCCCAAGGUCGUACGCAAUGUCUUCUGGCGCAUCAUCAUCUUCUACCUGAGCACGGUCAUCAUCAUCGGCUUCAACAUCCCGUACAACUACCCCAACUUGUCGACCAAGUCGACCCAAACCUCGCCAUUCACCCUCGUCUUCCAGAUGGCCGGCGCCAAGGCCGGCGGCUCGUUCAUGAAUGCUGUCGUCCUCACCUCUGUCGUGUCGGCGGCAAACCACGCCCUCUUUGCGGGCGCACGCGUCCUGUACGGCCUCGCCGUCAUACGUCAAGCGCCGGCCGUUUUCCGCAAAACGAACGCCCAGGGCGUUCCAUGGGUCAGCGUGCUCGCCAUCGCGAGCGUGUCCCUCAUCCUCUUCGGCGCCAGCUUCCUGCCCGGCGGCGCGAGCCAGAUCUUCUCGUGGUGCCAAAACCUGGUCGGCGUGUCGAACCAGCUCGCGUGGCUCACGAUCGGCAUCACGUCGACGCGUUUCCGCUGGGCGUGGGCCGCUCAAGGCCGGUCCGCCUCCGAGCUGCGCUUCCCCAACCCUGCCGGCAAGUGGGCCGGCCCGGUCGUCGUCGUCGUCACGUCCUUUAUCAUCCUCGUCCAAGGCUGGUCCGUCUUCCGGCCGCCGUUCGACGCGGUCGGCCUCGUCGCCAACUACAUCGAGCUCCCGAUCUUUGUCGCCCUGUACCUCGUCUUCCGGCUCGCCAAGUGGGGCAAGGUGCGCACGCCGAGCCUCAAGGAGAUCGACCUCGACACGGGGCGGUACGUCAACACGGCCGAGGACGACAAGGACGACGAGGACCGGGCGGCGCGAGAGAGCGGGCGACUCGGGUGGGCGUGGAAGGCCUGGGGGUGGAUCGCGUAGAGCUCGAGCCCCUCUCGGGAGACGUUAGAGCGCAUGUACACUAUCCCUCGUCGCUCUC